CAAGGGAGGUAACUCUAAAGUAGGUGCCCGACUACAGAAAUGGGUUGGUUCGGGGAUGUCUUCCCGACAAAACAAAGUUUUGUAGUGUUUAUAUCAUAUAUGGCACUUUUUAUUAACCAAGCAAUUCUGGUGACUGCAUCGAAGACUUCCAGUAACACUUACAAGUACAACACCGUGACAGUAGUUCUCCUGACUGAGUGUGUCAAGCUGAUCACAUCCCUCAUCCUGUAUCUCAAGGACCACUCCUGUGCUACCUUGAAGGCUGAUGUCAUCAAACACAGGCAGGUUUUAGGACUGUACUUCAUGCCAGCGUUUCUCUACUGUCUGUACAACAACCUUCAGUUUGUGAACCUUGCAGCAUAUGACCCAACCACAUAUUACCUGCUUCUACAGUUCAGAGUUGUCAUCACAGGGGUAUUCUUCCAGAUUCUUUUCCGAAAACAGCUGAGUCGAAUUCAAUGGGCGUCUCUAAUUCUCCUCACAAUUGGAUGCAUUAUAAAGGAACUGAACCACCACAGCGGUGGCACCAAAACCAAUUCCACAGAAUCUCCCAGCACAGAGGGUGGCACAUCGUUCCUCAGCUUUGACAAACUGUUUGACAUCCAUCUGCUCUUCAUCUUGCUACAGGUUUUCUGUUCCGUGUUUGCGGGAGUGUAUAAUGAAUACCUUCUCAAGGACAAAGGCUGUGAUGUGCAUCUUAUGAUGCAGAACAUUUUCAUGUACGUAGACUCUAUCAUAUGCAACAUCUUCAUGCUUGGUUUCCGAGGGGACCUAGCAAGUGCUUUUUCAGUGUCAAGUGUCAUUGCCAUAUUUUCACGGCCAGGUGUUAUAGCAAUCGUGUUCAAUGCUGCUGCUUGUGGCAUUGUCACAAGUUUGUUUCUUCGAUCAUUGAAUUGUAUUUUGAAAACAUUUGCAAGUGCCUUAGAAAUCAUGUUCACUGCUAUUUUAUGUUGGUUUAUUUUCAACAUUCCAGUAGAUGUAUACACAGUGGUAGCUAUUUUUGUAGUUAGUGCUGCCAUCUAUCUUUACGCUCAAAAUCCAAUCAUAAAUAAAGCAAGGAAUGAGGUGAUUGAGGAUCCAAGCAAACCUGACAAUGCUAAAGAAUCUGUUUAGACUGUAGUUGGAUUCUGAACAAAAGUGUUUAUUUUCCCCUAGAUCACGAUUCAUCUCUUUGAUAUCAGGGCUCCCAAUAAUCAUGAUCAGCUAUAUAUAUUUUCUCAUAUUUAAAGUCAUUUUCUCAUUUUCUCCACUUCAGUUGAAACACUUGUCAUAUUUGAAUAAUUGAUAAUAAUAUUAAAACUUUAUGACAUGGAUGUGAAAUGUAAUAUUUUUUAUAUUGAUUAUUGUUCUAAAUUUCUUGUGAAUGAGAAUUAAACAUAAUCUCAGGACAAAAUCUUAGAAAAUACAUAAUGAUUGAACAGUGUUUUAUAUUGUUAUUACUGUUUUAGUGGUAGGUUUGCUGAAUAUCUGUGAUCAUGUGACUACAUUCCCUUCACUAAUUCAAGUACAGUCAGACCUUGUACAGAAUUCAGGUGUGUCAAAAUCCCCUGGUGUGUCAAUUCCCCUGGUGUGUCAAAUUCACAGUCCUGUCCAGAGAAGUUUUUAAUAUAUGUGCAACUGUUUUAGCCCGGAUGUAUAGAAUUCCUGGUUGUCUUGAACUCAAUAUUAAACUUAUCCUCUACAUUUAAUUCAAUUAGAUUUUGAAUACACACAAGUCUGUAGCAAGUGUAAUGGUCAAGUAGAAUGGUCUAUACACAUAUCCGACAAUCUGUGGUCUGUGAUCUGUGAUCAUCAUCAUUGUACAAAAGCUAUUUGCAUAAUAUGCACUUUGUAAUCCAUUUGCUUCUGUUUCAUGGUAAUAUUUAAUCUAAAGUGCCAAAUUCAAGAUAAGUGAAACUGUUUCUCAGGUCCCCAGGAGCUGAAGACACCAGGGUUUGACUGUAUAAGCAUAAUCUCUAGUAUAAUCUAUUCUCUACCUGGAUUGCCAAGUGGCAUCACACAUCAUAAGGUCUAGUGGACCACACCUACUGUUGCUCCCAUUUGUUUUGGGUUUAAAUCCCAGAUUGGCCUCUUAUUGUCCUGCUUUGGUGUGUCUGCAUGAUAGUGGGCUUCAACCAAGGCAUUACAUGUGUUCAAGCUACAUCACUCAGGGGACUAAGAUGUUACACAGUGAUAGGAUAUACUUUUGAUGGGUUAUACCUAACACACUCUGUUCUCAGCAAGGUAUGACAGUACUGACCAGCUAAACUUCUGCAUCAUUGGCCUGCCAUUCAUGUCAGAUAGUGAUGUAUUUUGAUAAUAUUCUCAUGGAAAAAGAAUAAAGGAACACACAAAAGUGCAAGUGUUCCUAUACUUGUUUCCGGGUUUCUUGUCAUGCUUAAAAUCUCUGUGUGGGUGAAAAUCUGGAAAUAAGAAAAGAAACACUUGUAUUUCAUGUUCUCCCUGAAUCAUUUCCGUGAGUAUGUUAAUAUGAUAACUAACAAUCAUUAUCAUAAUUAGCCUGGCUGAGAUGAGCAAUACCCAGCUGACAAAGUAUUCCAUGAACUUGUAAUUAGAUUUCGUACCCUUAUAUAUAAUACUUCAUUAGUAUUCCAACCCAAUACAUAAACAGAAUUGACGAGUAUGAGUAAGUCAGAAACCAUACUGUGUUUUAUUUCUAUGUUGAGUAGGCGUUUGCAACACAUUUAAGAAACAUAAUAAUAGAUGAUGUAAUUUUAUAUAUGGCGAUCAAAUAUUGACCUUAUUAAGUAUUGGAUUUAUAGUUUAGUUUGAAUUCAGGAACCACUCAUGUGAUAUAUGUUUGUUCAUGUACACCAUGUUCACUGGAAACAUUUCUUGACUUUUUGCAAUGUUCGGGAUCCAAAUGCAUAAUAGCAUUGUAAAAAAGGCUUCUGUCUGAGGGAGUUUGUCAUGAGUAAUCAUGUAACUGUAUGUUGGACAGUCAAACACAGAUUACUGGUAGUAUCGCUGGUCCACAGUUGGGGAUUGGUUGGAUGUUAUUGGGAGCAGGAUGGACUGGUCAGUAUACACAUGGGAAAGGUGGUAGCAGUUUUUUUGUUGUUGAUGAGGGUUAAAAUACUUAUAAGGAGAACGUCCUCGUGAGAGUUGUGGUGCUGAAUUUAUGAAUUAACAAUUGUAUGUAUGGCCAUAACAACUGAUUUAUUAGGAUCUCAUCCCAGUUUACCUCACCACAGUACCAAAGACACUUUCUUACUUGAUGGUAUUUUCCUGCAGACAAAACAAUCACGCGAUGUUGCCUUAUGCCUUCACUUGAUGAAAUGCAUAUGUGAAACCGAAAUGAACCCAUGAUGACCCUCCAGUUUGUUCUAGCAGAACCCAAGUUUGAGUAUGUCCACCACGGCAGCCAUAUUAAAAACCCAUCUAUCCCAGGCAUUUACCUGUAUUUAUUUGUGUACAAACAAAUGAAAUUUGAUAGUGUGUAAUGGGGCUUAAUUUAUGUGUGCUGUUUUUGAUGGUUGUGACCUUUU